AUGCAUCUCAUCAAUGUGAGCACGUUGAAAAUGAAGGAGUUCUUCGGAGAUCGCAUUCCCCCAUACGCAAUUCUCUCCCACAGAUGGGGCGACGACAAAGAAGAGGUCUCAUUCUCCGACAUGACAAAUGGCUCAACGAAAAAGGUCGGAAUGGCAAAAGUCCUAGGCUGCUGCAAACAGGCCAAGAAAGACAAAAUCAAGUAUAUCUGGAUCGACACAUGCUGCAUCAACAAGGACAGCUCAAAGGAGCUCGAUGAGGCUAUUAAUUCCAUGUUCCAGUGGUAUCGCAAAGCUUCGGUCUGCUACACCUACAUGAGCGAUGUACCCAAAGGCGACAAUAUCUGGGACCCGGCGUCCAAAUUUUACACAAGUUCCUGGUUUCAACGCGGCUGGACAUUGCAGGAACUAUUGGCGCCCGUCGAGUCACGCUUCUACGACCAAGAAUGGAAUUUCAUCGGCACCAAAGCUGAUCUAUCGAGUGAGAUUGGGAAUAUCACAGAUAUCCCUCGAAAGUUUUUGCUUGGCUGGGCCGACUUCCGUCAGGCAAGCGUGGCACAACGGAUGUCAUGGGCGGCAAAACGGGAAACGAAAAGAGAAGAAGAUAUGGCCUACUGUCUUUUAGGAAUAUUCAACAUCUCAAUGCCGAUGAUUUACGGCGAAGGUGCAAAGGCAUUUGAGCGUCUGCAAUUGAAGAUACUGGAGCAAACAACAGACGACUCUAUUCUUGCUUGGGGAACCUUUGAUGCUGAUCUUAGUGGACAAACCACUAAAUUAUCUCAGGCAAUCUCAGCUGGAGCUUUUGCUUCCUCUCCUAAGGACUUCGCUCGUUGUGGACGUAUAGUGUCGAAUAUCCAGGACUUCAAACCCAGCAGCACCUUCACUGUAUCGGGUGGUUAUGUCAACACGUCCUUGACAAUACAUUGCAACGAACACAAUAUGCGCUACGGUGCGCUUAACUGCUCCUUAGAAGGCAACGACACCCAAGUAAUCGCCAUCCCUUUGUUUACAAAGUCUUCCGCAACCGGAUACAUCAGACCACAACAUUGUGGAUCGAUACUGGUUACAAAACCACCAGUCGGGCAUCCGACCCCGAACAUCCGAAUCAGAGUUGAUCGGCAAUCUCGCCCUGCACAAACGACAGGGAAAAGUGUCUGGCUACAUGUUCAAGGUUACAAGAAGAUUGGCCUAAAGUUAGCAGAGACUUAUCCGCCACUUGAGUGGGAGAGAAGUCGUGCUUUGCUUUACAGAGGGGAUAGCAAAUCUGGUGCCAAAACUCAUCUGCUUCGAUUCACGUCCGGUGAUGCGAAAAGCCAAGACUUGAUAGUGGUGAUCGAACUGAACCCUUCUGACGGAGCAUCAACUACGCACAGCUUUGUGAUACAAGCAUUCAAAGACCUGGAGUUGAAGGAUAUAGAUAACAGCCUGGAAUUCAUUGAUCCAAAGAAUCGCAAGUUGAGAGUGGCCGAUAACGGAGUUAUUGAGGUCAAAGUCACCAGUAGUCGGGAAGCUGUCCCGCAAGGGGAGGUUUGUUUGGUCAGCUUAGGUCGCACAAACAAGACCCCAAUUGAUGGCAACAAAGCUUCGGCGCUUCUGACAGCAAAGCUCAAAUACGAUUUCAUGGAUGCUUUAAAGAAAGAAUAUCUUGCGGGUACAGCAGAAGGUCCGGCCCUUAAGAGUAUAUCAGCAUUGAAAGAUCGUCGUGAAUCUGUCAAGGCUACAUUGCGAGAGAUCGAAGAAGAAGAGAAGAAACUGGCUGAAAGGAAGAAGUUAGUACAAAAGGAUAUCGACAGCCUCACGGACCGCAUUGUUGCCGAGGAAGCUCAGAUACAGGGGCGCCUGAGUUCUUAUGAGAAGUACCAAAGUAAGAGGUUGAAGGUUCAGAGCAUUUUGGACGGUAAGACCACUUAUACACACGGUCAUUCAAAGUGUCAACUACGAUGUUCGUUGGGCAAAGGAGAAGUCGUACAUGGCCCAGGAAAUUGGUUUGAACAGACCAUCCAGAGGUUAUUGGAAAGGGUAGAACAAAAGUCCUAUUCGUGGCCAGUGGAAGCUGGGCAACAUACAAAGGACAUAUCACCUCUUUUAUGGGCCGUUGCGAACUCGAAGCCUGAGUUUGCAGAUCUACUUCUUGACAAAGGAUCAGAUACUGAGGCGAAAUACAAUUAUGGCACCACGGCACUCUCAGCAGCUGCAUGCCAUGGCAAAACACGGAUAGCCAAGAUCCUUCUCAACCAUGGCGCACAGCUGGAAGCAUUCAAUGAGAGCAAACUCACACCAUUAAUCUACGCAUCUUACGGUGGACAUAAAGAAACAGUGGCUCUCUUACUUGAAAAGGGAGCUAAUGUCGAGGCGCGAUCCGGUACAGGAGGCACAGCUCUGACACUUGCUGCACUACAGGGGCAUGAAGAGGUGGUAGGCUUGCUCCUGGAAAAGGCUGCCAACAUGGAAUCCAAGGACGAGGAUGGUGAUACUCCACUUUCGAAAGCAGCAAUAGGCGGGCACACAAAGACGGCGGCGCGAUUGCUCCAAAAGGGAGCUAGGAUCGAAACACAAAACAUCAGUCAACAUACACCUUUAGCCGCAGCCGUGCUAGGAGAGCAUGAGGAAACUACUAGUUUACUUCUGGCGAGUGGUGCUUAUAUUGAAGCGAGAGACACGAGACAAUGUACACCACUGAUGUUGGCAGCUGCGAAGGGACACGGAAGUAUUGUGAGAUUGCUCUUGGAGAGAGGUGCUGAUGUUGAGGCGAGCGAUUGGCAGAUGAUGACGCCGAUACAACAUGCUGCUUUAUCUGGGCAGAGAUACAUUGUUGAUAUGUUGUCGAACGCUGGCGCAAGAAGCUAG